UUCCGGGCAGGCAGUCAAGUUCUGAUUACCGCCCUCCCUUCUCGGUUUAGGACUGUUGUGCUGAGAAGCCACAGAAAAGGGUAUGGGCUUACUUUGCCAAAGAAAGCACAGCAGUUGCACCCUGUUUUGCAAAAACCUUCAGUGUUUGGGAAUGAUUCUGAUGAUGAUGAUGAGACCUCCGUGAGUGAAAGCCUUCAGAGAGAAGCUGCUAAGAAGCAAGCAAUGAAACAGACCAAACUGGAAAUCCAAAAGGCCCUUGCAGAAGAUUCUACUGUCUAUGAAUAUGACAGUAUUUAUGAUGAAAUGAAGAAAAAAAAGGAAGAAAGUAAUCCAAAAUUGCUUUUGGGAAAAGACCGAAAGCCCAAGUACAUUCACAACUUACUAAAAGCAGUUGAGAUCAGAAAAAAGGAACAGGAAAAAAGAAUGGAAAAGAAAAUACAAAGAGAACGAGAAAUGGAAAAGGGAGAAUUUGAUGAUAAAGAGGCAUUUGUAACAUCUGCUUAUAAGAAAAAACUGCAAGAGAGAGCUGAAGAGGAAGAAAGAGAAAGGAGGGCUGCUGCACUUGAAGCACGUUUGGAUGUAACCAAGCAGAGCGAUCUCAGUGGAUUUUAUAGGCACCUGUUAAAUCAAGCAGUUGGUGAAGAGGAAGUACCUACAUGCAGCUUUCGUGAAGCCAGGUCUGGGAUAAAAGAAGAGAAAUCAAAGGGAUAUUCCGAUGAAGUAAGUUCAGAAGACAGAACAACACCUCAUGAGAACUGCAUUCGCCAAACAGUUGUGAAAGUAGAGGAAAACCCAGAUGCAGACAGUGACUUUGAUGCUAAGAGCAGUGAGGAUGAUGAAAUGGAAGAAGAUAAUAAAGUGAACUGCAGAAGGGAAAAGGGCACAGAGACCUUAAAAAAUGACUCCAGGCAUCACAGAAGUCAUACCCACUCACGGUCAUCUAGUGAAGAAAGAGAGCAUGGUACCAAAUACCACACAAAAAGUUCCAAGUCAAGAGGACAUGAGAAAAGGGAAGAUCAGCACCAAGAGAGACAAUCCAGGGAGGACAACUAUUACACUGACCGUGAUUACCAAAAAGAAAAGAAGGAUUCCCAUAGGCACAGAGAGGCCAGUUACAGAGAUUCACACUGGAAGAGGCAUGAACAAGAAGAUAGACUGAGGGGAAGAGACCAGAGAGAAAGAAAUGAUAGGGAAUGGAAAAGGGAGAAAGACAGGGAGAAAUACCCCUCAAGAGAACAAGAAAGAGACAGACAACGAAAUGAUUAUGACCAACACAUUGAGAAAGGAGGAGAGAAGGAAGAGAAAAGCAAAGAAAAGGAAGAGCAUAUGAAAGCAAGGAAAGAAAGAUAUGAAAACAGUGAUAAAUACAGAGAUAGAGAAAACCGAGAAGUAAGUGUUCAAUCUUCAGAAAGAAAUCAAGAAAGAAAGGAAAGCCCAAAUUCUAGGGCAAAGGAUAGGUUUCUUAACCAGGAAAGAGCCAAUAAAAUGAGAAACAUGGAAAAGGACAAAGAAAGAAACCCAGAGAAACCCUCUAGUUCUGAAACAUCACUGGGAGCAAAACACAGAUUCACAGAGAAAUGCCAAGGGACUGGCAAAGAACAAGAGACGCCACAUGAGACAGCGAACAAGUUUGCAAAGCGGAGCAACGAAGAAACUGUAAUGUCAGCGAGAGACAGAUACUUGGCCCGGCAAAUGGCACGGGUUAAUGCAAAGACAUAUAUUGAGAAAGAAGAUGAUUGAUAACUGCCCCAAUAGGAAGACCUAUGGAAACACAGAAAAUUAUAAUUCCUGGAAAAUGUUGAGUGAACACAUAAAGGAGUGUGUUAACAGUGGUUGGGAGGGUAUUUUAAAAUAUAUUUUCAAAAUUCAUUUUUGGUUUAGGUUUAAGUCAGAAGUCAAUCCUUUUAUCUUGAAUGUUUAACUAAAUUAGUAUAUAAUAUUUACUUAUCAAUACCACAUUCUUGGUUAUAUUCAAACAACCUAAAGAGAGUGCUGAAUCCCCAUAGGUACUUAAUGAGGAAAAUUGGCUCCACUACAACCAUUAAAAAAUAAUUUAAAUAACUCUUCUAUGUUGCAUUUGUUGCAGGAGCUGUUUGUUUUAUAAAUGUCAUGUUUCAGAUAAAAAUAUGUGGAUUUGAACAGAGAAUAUUGUUUUACUUUAUGUUCUAAAAUUUGUAUUAAAGUGUAAAAUACAGAUCACACAUCUUGUCUAAGUUUUUUAGCCCACAACGUACUCACUUAAAUGAAAAUA